GUUCUUGUUUAUAUGUGUGUAUCCCUCCGCACCGAACCUUGCAAGCAAUAUACAACCGUCCUCCACGAUGUUCUUCCGCCACCGAGAGAGGUGUAGAGACUGCAGAGGCGAACGGGGACGGUUUGCUGUACCUCACUUCGGCCUGUGGAGUUAAAACACUAAGGUAAAAACCUCUUUGGCACCGUAUUCCUCCGCUCUUGCGAAAGAGAUCUUCUCUCACGCUGCCGUGUUCCUCCGCCGCCUUGGAGCACACAAGCAGGAGGCGUUUCUUCUGGCCGGGCGAGGAAGAUAGUGGCUCUAGAAGGAAGACAAAAGGCGUUCGCGUACCGUAAGGAUUGGCCUGUGUGGGUCUGUUUGGGUUGACGGGCGUGCUCCACAGAAGACAGGAACGUGCCUUGGGCUGUGUUGUUGCGCCGCAGGGUCGUUGUGAGGGGACUCUGGGACUCUUUCUCGCGGGGCCCGGCGGAUGGAUCUCUAGGUAGCUUUUCCCGAUAUCGUUCGCCCUUCGCCGCCGCCAUCUUGGAUUUUAAUCCGCCAUUUUUUUCCCCUUGGAAUUAUUAUUAUUUUUUUAUGAUUAUUUUUUUCCGCCUCUGGCCGGGAUUCUGGACGACGGCGGCAGAGGUUCUGGACCUGCGAAGUCGCGGAUGGUGAAGAGGACCGCGGUGCCCAGGGGCUGCAAGGAGGAAGCUGAACUACAAUUAACUUCUUAAAGCCUUUGGAAAAAGGACUAAAUGCAACGAGGGCAAAUUGUCUGUGGGAAUGAAGUGGUUGGGAGAAUCCAAGAACAUGGUGGUGAAUGGCCGGAGAAAUGGAAGCAGGUUAUCUAAUGAUCACCUUCAGAACCAGUCCAAAUUACAGCACCCUGGAAAGGAAAAUCCAAAGACUGGCAAAAAUGGAGUUGAGAGACGGUCAAGCAGAUGUAGUGGUGGUUCGGGAUUUGAGGGCCAAAGUCGCUACGUGCCUUCCUCUGGAAUGUCUGCCAAGGAGCUGUGUGAGAACGAUGACCUAGCCACUAGUUUGGUUCUUGAUCCUUAUUUAGGUUUUCAAACGCAUAAAAUGAACACUAGGUUUCGACCAAUAAAAGGAAGGCAGGAGGAAUUGAAGGAAGUGAUUGAGCGUUUUAAAAAAGAUGAGCACUUGGAAAAAGCCUUCAAGUCCUUGACGUCAGGUGACUGGGCCCGGCACUAUUUUCUUAACAAGAACAAAAUGCAGGAAAGGUUGUUCAAGGAACAUGUAUUUAUUUAUUUACGAAUGUUUGCAACUGACAGUGGAUUUGAAAUAUUGCCAUGCAAUCGCUAUUCAUCUGAGCAAAAUGGAGCCAAAAUUGUUGCAACGAAAGAGUGGAAACGGAAUGACAAAAUAGAGUUAUUGGUGGGUUGUAUCGCUGAACUCUCUGAACUAGAAGAGAACAUGCUGCUCAGGCAUGGAGAGAAUGACUUUAGUGUCAUGUACUCGACACGGAAAAAUUGUGCUCAGCUAUGGCUUGGUCCAGCUGCAUUCAUCAACCAUGAUUGCAGACCCAACUGUAAGUUUGUGUCAACUGGCCGGGAUACAGCAUGUGUGAAAGCUCUACGAGAUAUUGAACCUGGAGAAGAAAUUUCUUGUUACUAUGGGGAUGGGUUUUUUGGAGAAAAUAAUGAAUUCUGUGAAUGCUACACAUGUGAAAGACGUGGAACUGGUGCUUUUAAAUCAAGAGUGGGACUGCCCGUGCCUACUCCUGUGAUCAACAGCAAAUAUGGACUUAGAGAAACAGAUAAACGUUUAAACAGGCUUAAAAAGUUGGGUGACAGCAGCAAAAAUUCAGACAGCCAGUCUGUCAGCUCUAACACUGAUGCAGAUACCACUCAGGAAAAAGCUAAUGCAACUACCCGCAAAUCUUCAAUUGGUGUAAAAAAGAACAGCAAGAGUAGAACAUUAACACGGCAGUCUAUUUCAAGAAUUCCAGCUUCAUCAAAUUCUACCUCAUCCAAACUAACUCAUCUAAAUAAUUCCAGGGUACCAAAGAGACUGAAAAAGCCUGCAAAGCCUUUACUUUCAAAGAUAAAAUUGCGAAAUCAGUGCAAAAGGCCAGAGCAGAAAAAUGCAUCUCGAAAACUCGAAAUGGGAAACUUGGUUCUUAAAGAGCCCAAAAUAGUCCUGUACAAAAACUUGCCCAUUAAAAAAGAAAAAGAAACGGAGGGACCAGUGCAAGUCGCAGUCUCUAGUGGCUGCUUAACAAGGCAUGCAGCACGAGAAUACAAACUAAAUUCAGUGAAAGGUGCUCAUGAACCUGGGGAAGUGUCACCCUGUACAUACAUAACAAGGAGGUCAAUGAGAACACGAAUGAAUCUGAAAGAGACCUCUGACUUAAAGCUUGAACCAAAUAUGCUGAAUAGCUAUAAAAACAGUUUGACCGGCAUGCGAACCAAUAGCUUGGAGCAGCAGUCUCAUGUGAUAGACGAGAAUGAGCAAGCUCUUGUAACAUCACAUAAAGGGGAGGGGAGGUGUCAGAAGAGUGACAGGGUUGUGGCCAAAAAGAAAUCACGACAAGGAAGACUGGUGAUGAAGCCAUCUAUGAAAAUGGAGGAAAUUGAUCCUGCACACAACUUGCCUGGCAAAGACCAAAUGCCAGAUUUGAUCAGUUCAUGUUCUGACCUAGGAGAGAUGAACAAUGUAGUGGAUUCAGCCAUUGGAUAUAAAGACUGUAUUCCUGCAUCUGGUGGUUGCUCCAUUGUAACUUCGGACACUUUCAAAGUAAAGGACCGUUUUAGAACUGCAAAAAGCAAAAAGAAACGGCGAAUCACAAGGUAUGAUGCACAACUAAUUCUCGAAAACAGCUCUGGGAUUCCCAAACUGACUUUGCGGAGGCGACAUGAUAGCAACAGCAAGUCAAAUGACCAAGAAAAUGAUGGAAUGAAUUCUUCAAAAAUAAGCAUCAAACUAAGUAAAGACCAUGAAAAAGAUAAUAACUUAUAUGUAGCAAAGCUUAAUAAUGGGUUUAACUCAGGAUCAAGUAGUAGUUCAACAAAAUUAAAAAUACAGUUAAAACGAGAAGAAGAAGACAGGGGAACAUAUUCUGAUGACCUCCAUGAGAACGGGGUGUGCUGUAGUGAUCCUCUUUCUCUUUUAGAGUCACGAAUGGAAGUGGAUGAUUAUAGUCAAUAUGAAGAAGAAACUGCAGAUGACUCUUCAUCUACAGAGGAAGAAGAGGAGGAGGAGGAUGAAUAUGAGGAUGAUUUUGAAGACGAUUUUAUUCCUUUGCCUCCAGCUAAGCGUUUAAGGCUUAUAGUUGGCAAGGAUUCAAUAGACAUUGACAUUUCUUCCAGGAGGAGAGAAGAUCAGUCUUUAAGGCUCAAUGCAUAAGCUUACAGGUCUUAAACUGAAUAGGAUGUCCAUUUUUAAAACAAAAUUCCAGUCAAUUAUUCCUCAAUGAUGAACUUUCUGAAAAUGUUAGUGGAAGCACUUCUUUAUUGUUUAUUCACUUAUAUCAACAUAAUAUUGUAGAAAGUGUACAGCAUACUGACUCCUUAAGUCAUUUGUGCAAAUUUUUAUUGUACUUUUUAAUAGCCUUCUUAUGUGCAAUUCUGAGUUAGAGAAAAUGCUCUAUUGUAAAAUAAAGGCUCAAGCAAAAUUACAAAAAUGCCAUCAGAUUUUUCCAUGCAGGAUAAUUAAAUCACAAUAAUGUGGCUACACAAUAAUUUUUAAUCUAUGAGAGUAUUAUUUUGCUCUUAUAUCUGACUAAACAAUCUAAAAUUAAAAAAAUCAUAGUAGCGGCCUAUUUUCUAGUAUGUUAAUAUCACCAGCAAUGAACUACAGCUUUUUGGUUUAUUUGCUAGAUGUUUUUCCCCCUUGAAGUUUGUCAGUUUUAACACUGUAUGCUGUCCCCAGACGUACUGUUUGUGGCCUUUGUUAUAGUAGCAAACCGUUGGUUUGAAGUCAAAUUGAUUUCUUUAAAAAAAAAAAAAAGGUGUUGACAGUUUGCUGACUUUUAGUACAUUAUAUGUACAAGGGUAGCAGUAUGCAGAAUACAAGUUUGGAUAUGGUGUAUUUAUUUCUUGUUAUGUAAAUUAAAACACCUUGUAUUUAACACUUUUUCGAUACUUUUAGAUAAAAUUGUUCUUUGCAAGAAUGAUUGGUGCUUAUUUUUUCAAGAACUUGCUGUGAAACAAUGUGAUUACAACAGGCAACAUUUAUCCAAUGAACUGCAGCUAUCCUAAUUGGAUCCUCAUAGUUUUCUGUUGCACUUGUAAAAUGCUACAAGGAAUUUAAAGAAACCUAUUCACUUUAACUUAUGAUAGUUUUAUGAAAUUUAAAACAAAAACCUAAGUCACAGCUUUUGUUCUGUGGUAAUCUCUAAAAAUGUUUGUCUUUUGAGAUCCAGUGUAAAGGACUGAAAAAAUGUAUAUGUUGUAAAUAUUUGUGUGUUGUGAGAAAUUUUGUCAUAAAAAAAAUUAAUAACUUACCAGAAGGGUUUUUAAGUUUAGAAAUACAUUCAUGCCAAUAAAUAGGAAAUUAUAAACCUAGUUUUAAACUCUGACCAGUGGACUUUUUUUUUUUUUUUUUUUACUUUUGUUUAGCUUGCAUUUUGAGAUUUCAGGCAUUUCUGUGUGCACUUUUUUUUUUUAAGAAACUUCCUAUUUUUUAGAGCUAGAGUGAGAAAUAACAGAUGAAGAAAGAAAUUAAGGCUAUAAAAUUAACCAUUUAUUUGAACAUGCAUCUCAAAUGGUUUUAGUUACACAUAUUAUCAGGGCUAUUCAUCUUUUGCAGUUCUGUGCACAAAAUCUUAUUAUAGGAUACAGAAAUCCUGAGGAUGCUAGCUUGCUUUCUACAAAUUUCUAGUCCACAUAAUAGUGGAUAUAUGUUUACAUAUACCCCAAUCCAUAGAUCUGUAUGGGCAUAUUGGGCCCUCUGUUGAAAUUAACGGGGAAGCUUUUGUGGAUGGGGGAAUCGUGUUCCCAUGUUACGCCUCCUGUUACCCCAAGCAGUUGUUGAAUUGGAGCAAGUGUCAGUAGAAAGCUAUAAUGGGUAAUGACUGGAGCUUCUGUGCAUGGCUAUAUACCCCUUCUCAUUGCCUCCAGUCAUAUUCCCGUUCCUAUACAAUUCUAACUCUUAUUACCAAUUCCUGUCAUUCUGCCAAUACCACUCCUCGCAAAAAGUCCAACUAUAUUCUCAGUUGGCUCUAAAAUUAUCCAAAUUAACAACUUUGCAUGCAAUAAAUACGUUCAUAUGAUAUUUGGGUGUAAUAUCGGUUUUUUUAGCAAAUAGUAUAGAUUUGCUAGGAGCAGAAAUUAAAUUUGUGGCUGAUUUCUUAUGUUAUCUUAGUAGAGUGUAAGCCACAGCAGUGCUACUGCUUGUGCAGCCAGAAGAAGCCAAUACUGGUUUAGGGAGAAGCCACACCAUGGGCUUUUUCCUCCAUAGUAUAGGUCUUCCCAUGUUACCUAGCAGCAUUUUAAGGAGAGGCACUACAUCUUCCAUACUACUGAUGUAACAUGAGGAGCCAAUCUACUUUGCUUGCAGUAGAUGAAGAUUGCAGAAAAAGUUACUGGUAAAUUGAUUUUGGAGACAUGGGAAGUUGCACAAAAUUGGAGGGUCUGCCUGACCCUCACUAGCAGAACUAUUAAAGCUGCACAGUAUAGCCUUGUGAAGCACAAUUGUUAACUGUCCAGAAAAGCUGCACCCUGAGAGCCGUUCCUACACACAAACAUCAAAUGAAUUAUCAACACCUCUUUCAAAAUAAUCAACCUUGGCCACUUUUGUGCCAUCUCAAAGGGUAUACACCCUUAAACUUAAAUGAGCUUGGGCAAAAACUGUCCAGUCAUGGUCCAAGAAUAGAGAAUAAUUUCAGGUAUCCUAGAAUUUAGCCCUAAGUAGCUCCUGUAUGUUAGAAGCAGAGCUGCUUUGAUAAUGUCAACUUACAUUUCAUGCAAAACUUCCAGAAUUCCAAUGGCAAAGUUUGGGCUUUGUAUUGGAAAUUAUGAAUUUUGUCAUUUGAGUUAGUGACAAGGCUUGAAUUGCUGGAUUUUUUUUAUUUCAAAUUGUGUACAUUUCAGUUUUAUUUCAGUGUUUCAGUUCUAGUAAAACUAGAAAUUAUGGAACUGAAAUGAGUUUCUGGUAUUUCUUUUCCCCCCCAACUUAUGUUGUCACAAACAUAUUCCAAAUGCAAUAAAUAUAAUUGAGUUAUUUCUGUAAUAUUGAUGACGGGUAAAUAUCUUUAAUAUUGAUGAUGUUAAAAGGACUUUCUUUAGCUUUUGCAGUAAGCUACUGGUAUUAAAUAUCUCUAACCCUU